AAGAUACGCACUUUUUAUCCAAAAAGGCAAUCAUUGAAUUUUUAUACUAAACCCAGAGAAAAUAGCAAUGGAUAUUGGGUCUCUUUUGCAGGAUACAUGUCCGGGAAACCUACAGGGCAUAUCAGGAUAUUUUUUCCUGACUUUACUCAACAGUUUAUUGAGUUCCAAGUGCAAGUUAGCAAACCCCAAUGACUAUACAGAAGAUUAUGCGCCGAGAUUGAAAGAUGGAGAUGAGUUUGACUUUAUAGUGGUAGGUUCUGGAUCAGCUGGAGCAGUGGUAGCUAAUAAACUAAGUGAAAAUCCAAACUGGAAAGUGUUGGUGCUGGAAGCUGGAGGUUAUCCAUCAUCAACCAGUGAUAUGCCAGCACUUCUAUUUAGUGCCUCAGGACAAGAAGAUGACUGGCAAUACCGAACGGAACACUCUCCACAUUCUUGCCUAGGAUUCAAAGACGAGCGCUGUAUAUGGCCAAGGGGAAAAGCUCUAGGGGGCAGCAGCAUUUUAAAUGCCAUGCUGUACAUCAGAGGAAACAAAAGAGAUUACGAUACCUGGGAGAAACUGGGAAAUACAGGAUGGGGUUGGGACACUGUUAAAGACCAUUUUAAGAAGUUGGAAAAUAUGAAAGUUGAAGGAGUUAGUGACCAGUAUGGAAGAGAUGGUUAUAUGACGCUAAAUAGAUAUCAUUCAGAUCAACCAAUUGUCGAUACGUUACACGAAGCCUUCAGAGAAUUGAAAUAUCCUCAACUACAGGAGGAAAACCCGGAGAACCCCCUAGGAACAUUGAUAGCUUUUCAAUGUAUCAAAGAUGGAAUUAGAUUUAAUACAGGAAGAGCAUUUCUGGGUCAAGUUAAAAGCAGAGCAAACCUCCUGACUGCUCUACACUCUUUUGUUCAGAAAGUCACAAUAGAUCCAAAAACUAAAUCAGCAACUGGAGUACAAGUCAAAGUGGGCGGGAGAAUAAUAAACCUUAAAGCUAAAAAAGAGGUUAUAGUUUCUGGUGGAGCUAUCAACUCACCACAGCUGUUGAUGUUAUCUGGUGUAGGCCCCAAAGAUCAUCUCCAAAAAGUGAAAAUCGAUCUCAUCAAAGAUUUGCCAGUUGGUGAACACUUAGAAGAUCAUCAAUUCCACGUCGGAUAUUUCGUAGAGCUGAAUCCUGAAAUACACUCAAUGGACAAUCAGUUGGAUACGAUCUAUAAGUACUUUGCUCGCCAAGAAGGAAUAUUAGGAACCAUCGUGAUCACCAAUUUCAUGGAUUUCAUAAACACCAAACAUGACUCACCUUAUCCAAAUAUUCAACAUCACUAUAUUCUGUACCCUAUUAACGAUAGUUAUUCGGCAUCAGCGUUCCCAACAUCAAUUGGACUUAAAGACGAGAUCUUGGCAAAUAUAAAUGAUGGGAUUAAAGAAAGGCCACUCCUACAAAUUUCCUCUACACUACUAAAUCCAAAAUCUCAUGGAAAAAUUAUGCUAAAAAGCAGCAAUGCCCAAGAAAAACCUUUAAUAUAUUCUGGAUAUUAUUCAGAUCAGAAUGAUGAGGAUAUGACAGUGAUGCUAGAAUCUUUAAGGUUUUUGGAAAAACUAUUAGAAACUUCCCCACUGAAAAUGCAUGAUCCACAAAUAGUGAAGUUCGAUCUUCCAGAAUGUAACAAGUUUGAGUUCCGUUCAGACGAAUACUGGAAGUGCUCUCUAAGAUACCUCACUACAACUGUCUACCAUCCCACAGGAACCUGCAAGAUGGGACCCACAGACGAUGGAACUGCUGUGGUUGAUCCCGAGUUAAGAGUAUUUGGAAUUAACAACUUGAGAGUGGCGGAUGCUAGUAUUAUGCCAAAUAUAGUCAGUGGUAAUACACAUGCGCCCUCUAUGAUGAUUGGUUAUAAAGCCGGACUAAUGAUUAGCAAACACUGGACUGAUAAACAUGUUGAAUUAUAAAUGUUUCACAAAUGUUGUAUUUAGUUUAGUUUUAGUUUAAAUUUUUAAUGUUAUUACAUUAUAUAAAAGAUUACCUUUUGUAAUAUUACAUAAAAGGUUGUUUUAACUGUUAGUCGGACUUUCGGGAGAAGUAGAUAACGUCCACAUGAAUUUUAAACUACUCGAACUGUAAAUUAUCUUUUAUGAAUAGACGAAUUAUUAAUUGUC